CGCCAGCGUCGGUUAGGCCACAUCAGCGCAAAUCUGCGGGCGCCCAGUGUCUGCCAGAGGGAAUUUCUCGUCUGACCGUAGCUAUAUCUUCCUUUGGCAUAUGGUAGGACAGCCCAGACGUCCCGGGAGCCGCCGAGGACCCCGCCGGGGGUCUGGGGGCGGGGUCUGAGCCAGUCUUCCAGCCGCCUGGCUUUGGAGGUCUCCACCGCUCCUUGGCCGUCAAUUUCUGCCUCCAACCCCUUCCAGUCUCCGACAUGCCGGGUCCGACUCCCAGCGGCACUAAUGUGGGCUCGUCAGGGCGCUCUCCCAGCAAAGCAGUGGCCGCCCGGGCGGCCGGAUCCACGGUCCGGCAGAGAAAAAACGCUAGCUGUGGAACAAGGAGCGCGGGUCGCACGACCUCAGCAGGCACGGGGGGCAUGUGGCGAUUCUACACGGAAGACUCCCCUGGGCUCAAGGUUGGCCCUGUUCCAGUAUUGGUUAUGAGUCUUCUGUUCAUCGCUUCUGUAUUUAUGUUGCACAUUUGGGGCAAGUACACUCGUUCAUAGAUUCGGCUGCAUCCAUCUGUCUGUCAUCUGAAGAAGAAGGAAAAAAAAACCCAACAUAUCUUGGACCAAAAACAUAGUGAUUUUCUGUUUGCGAGAAAGAAUAUUCUGUAAGCUUAUUGUUUUACAGGGAACUUAACAAGAAUUGGUUUUAAGGAAUCAGUUUUUUUCUACAGCUAAUAAACUUUUUAAUUCAUUUAUACCAAGUCUCAUUGCCAGUCCCUGACUGCCAGGGCCCUUAGUCUCUCUGCCUUCAGAUUUACAUGUGAAUAUGCAGAAACAUGUCUUGGGGAGGGUGUUUUCUUUGUUGGGUUAACAGUGCUUAUAUGACACUGUAGUCCCUCAAAUCCAAGAUACUGUAAUUGGCCUCCUCUAGUUUUCUUCCAGGUAUUCCUGUCCUGGUGACUGAUUUUGUGUAUUCUGUGAUUGUUAACAAGUGUGCCUGUGACCCCAUCAGGCAGAUCUGUGUCCAGAGGCAGCUGGUAUUCAGGGGAAUAGGCAUAGGGACCAUAAACCAAAUAUCUUGGGUAAAAUGUUUCCUCAUUCUGUUCUUUGUCUUUAAAACUAUAGAUAAUAUUUUUGCCACUUCUCUUUCUCAGUUCUUAAUUCUGUGAGUGUAGACCCGAGAUUUCCAUUUAUUAAUCACUAAUUGUUAAACCUAUUUUGAAAGAAUUUAUUUGGUAAAUUAGAUUAAUCAACUAAAAUUUUGUUUCAUUUGGAAAAUAAAGACCGUAAUAAUUGGUGAGAUACCAGCAUUUCUAACCUGAGUUGAUACAAUUCCAACCCAAAAUAAAAAAGUUUGAAGUUUCA